GCCAAGACGAGGACCAAUCAGAGGAAGAUGAAGGAGGAAGUCCACCAACGACAAAGGGAGGGACCAAGUCACCGGCGUAGAUAAAGUGAAGACGCUACAGAAAGGAAGUCGGCAGAGCUCCAUGGUCCCGUCUCUUCUUCCUCACGAUGGAAACCGAGGACCAAUCGGAGCUCUGCUUUCCACAGCUGGCCAACAUCUCCUGCGCGAAGCCCUCGUCCGGUUGGUCCGAAGGCGGCUCCACACCCCCACCAACUUCCUCCUCCUCUCUCUGGCCGUUUCUGACUUACUGGUGGGCCUCCUGGUGUGGCCCGGUGAGGUCUACCUGGAAAAAUCCUGCUGGACUCACGGAGAUAUUCCCUGUUCCGUGUAUAACUUCGUCUCCUUCACGGUGACGUCGACCUCGGUGGGCAACAUGGUGCUGAUAUCGGCCGACCGCUACGUUGCCAUCUGCGAUCCUCUGCAUUACACCGGCAGAGUGACCGUGAAAAGAAUUCAACUUUGUGUUUGUCUCUGCUGGUUCUCGUCUCUCCUCUUGAGUAGCAUCUUGAUCAAGGACGAUCUUGUGCAUCCCGGAAUGUAUUCUUCAUGCUACGGAGAGUGCGUCAUCCACAUUGACUACACCGCGGCGGUUUUUGACCUGGUGAUGACCUUUGUCCUCCCUCUGAGCGUCAUCGUCGUUCUGUACAUGAAAGUGUUCGUGGUCGCCGUCUCCCAGGCGAGAGCCACGCGCUCUCGUGUCACGCACGGCAAAGCGACGACGUCCCUCCCGAUGCGAGCCAAGAAAUCCGAGUUGAAAGCGGCCAGGACUCUCGGUGUGGUGGUCUUGGUUUUCCUGAUGUGCUUCUGCCCGUAUUACUGCGUCACGCUAGCUGGCGACAGCUCGCCGAGUGUCUCGCACGUGCUCAACGUGUACUACAUGAACUCCUGUUUGAAUCCUUUGAUAUAUGUGUGGUUGUACCCGUGGUUUAGGAGAGCCGUUAAACACAUCGUCACGCUGCGAAUACUGCAGCCCGGUUCCUCGGGGGACAACGCGCUGUAGCCCGCCAGUCUUUUCUCUUCUGGAAAAGGUUUUCUAAAGGGUUAUAUUGUCAUGAAUGCCACCAAAUGUGAAAUGUCGUCCACUUUAAGUUAAUUAAAUCAUGUCUGCGCCAAUACUUUGGGCCACUUGAAAAGUGGCUGCUCUGCCCUGAGUUGUUGGACGCGUCAAAUGAUGUAAAUACUGUAUCAUCAAAUCAAAGAUGCAAUUCUGAACUUUUUCUCAUAUUCAUUAUUGAUCUGAAAUCCAAAUGUCUUCAGUGUGCAAUACAAACAAAAGAAGUGAUCUGGCUGUUACAAUAUCUAAUACUUUCACUUUUAUGUGUGUAUAAACACAAGGCCAGGUAGCUAUGAACUAU